GUGGACCUGGUUAUUAUCCAAAAAGUGACAAAACUAUUUAUAAAAAACUCUUUAUAACUUAUAUAUGAGCUUUCCGUUCGAAAAUCAGGGAGCGACGAGACUUUUGUAUCUCUAGCAAACACAAGCAAGAAAACAGAAAAGAACAAAAUUAUCAGAUUUGAUGUUUCUAUGUUGUACUCGAUGUUAUAACCCAUAGCACAUUCCCUCGGAGCUAAACAACCCAAUUGUUUUCCAAAAAAAAUCAUCUGGCAUCUCUGAUUGUCAUCGGAAAACGUGCGAGUUGUUUUGCCGAACAUUGAAACCAGCAUGUUUUUAUUUGUGCAUCGGUAUUUAUAAUCAUAAGAAACUGAACUCUUUCCCACUUAAAAUCAAACCAAAUAUAUCUUCAAAAUAUGGGCCUAACAAAGCAGUAUUUGGCCUUCAAGCCAGUGUCCAUUUUCAACAUAAUUGCCAGUGGUCGAGCGAAUGUUUCGUUUGUCUCUAUAGGCGGCGAGGAUGGCCACUUCGUGGCUGUAGCUGCAGCCGAGAAGGUUCUGAUUUGGAACACAAGGCGUGGCGAAAAAGUCCUCGAGUUAACGAGAGAUAAGCAGGAAGUAACCUAUCUCCGACCCAGCCCUGACCAGAAGCAUUUGGCCGUCGGUUACGUAGACGGAAUAAUUGAGGUAUUCAAUUUCGAAAGCCGUCAAUCGAUCUGUACAUUCGCGGCACAUCGAUCAGCGGUUAGUGCCAUGAACUACGACCUUAUCGGGCUGAAGUUAGUGUCUGGUGGUUUGGAUAACGAUUUGGUGAUCACGGACGUAGUGGCCCAAAGUGGAAAAUGUCGUUUAGUAGGACACAAUGCACCAAUAACGGAUGCCUGUUUUAUGCAAAAAUAUCAUGAUUUUGUGAUAUCCAGCUCUAAGGAUACACAAAUCAAGUUUUGGAACAUUGAAACGCAAUGCUGCUUCAAGACCAUUAUUGAUCACCGAAGCGAAGUUUGGAGUAUUGUUUUGAUGAAAAAUGAUGAUUUUCUUGUGGCUGGAUCGGGUGAUUCUCAGCUUGCAGUGUACAAAAUUACUGAAAAUGUCAACAGUUCUUCACAGGAACUCUCUGGUUCUCCAGAUGAUUUGUUGUUAGAGUCGGAAACAACUUGCCCCAUUCGAUGCGUUUUGGCAGGGCAUAUACAAAGGUUCGGCUUCGGCAGGACGAUGAAUCUGAUUGCCGAGAGUGGUGGACAGAUUUUGGGCUGCCAUGGUUCAGAUCGUAAGAUUGAGCUCUUUUAUUUCUACAACGAUGAUGAAGCAUUAGCACGGCUAACGAAACGUCUCAAAAAGCUGGACGCUAAAGUUGAUAAACAGACGACAGAAAAUACGGCCCAGCGUCAGCUAUCGUUGGUAGACGAAAUUAAACGUUUGCCCGUAGUUGCAGUACCAGAAAAAAUUAAGUCGUUUGACUUAUUGCUAGGAACGACAGACGAACUUCGCAUUUGCGUUACGUAUAUCAAAAAUCUUAUACAAGUGUAUACUCUGAACAUCGUUGAAAAGCACGCUGAGGUGAAGGUGCUUCACACAGUUCGACAACAAGGGCAUUCUUCGGAGGUACGAUGCGUCACCUUUAGUUCGGACAAUCUGGCAAUAGCUUCUGGUAGCGGUGAAUCGCUCAAACUAUGGAGCCGAGCAUCGCAAUCUUGUCUCAGAACCAUUGAAACGGGUUACGUUAUCAGCUGCUGUUUCGUGCCCGGCGAUCGUCAUGUGCUGAUAGGUUUGAAAACGGGCGAACUGCUGAUUGUGGACAUUGUCAUCGGAGAGAUUAUCGAGCGGAUACAAGCCCACGAAAAGGAGUUGUGGAGUAUCGUUCUGAUGCCAGACUCGCGUGGCUGUGUUUCCGGUGGUGGCGAUACAACGGUCAAAUUCUGGAGCUUCGAGCUGGUAGCGGAUCCCAAUCGGAAGGACAACAGUGAAGUGAAGAUUCUGUCGCUACUUCACAAAAACACGCUAAAGAUGGAAGAAACAGUCUUGAGCGUGCGUGUUUCCCGUAACAGCAAGUAUAUAGCCGUAGCUCUACUGGAUACGACGGUGAAAAUUUUCUUUUUGGACACACUGAAGUUCUACCUUUCAUUGUACGGGCACAAGCUUCCUGUCCUCUGUAUGGACAUCUCAUACGAUUCAAGUCUAAUUGUAACUGGAUCUGCCGAUAGGAGUAUCAAAAUCUGGGGAAUGGAUUUCGGUGAUUGUCACAAAUCGCUGCUCGGACAUGAUAACUCCGUUAUGGGUUUGCAGUUCAUCCCGAAAACGCAUAUGUUCUUUUCGUGUGGAAAAGAUGGUAAACUGAAGCAGUGGGAUGCAGAUAGUUUCGAAAAAAUUGUCACUUUGCCCGGUCAUGUUGGUGAAGCGCACGGUCUGGCUGUAAGCCCAAAUGGAAAGUUUGUCGUAAGCUGUGGGUCGGAUCGAACGCUGCGACUGUUUGAACGUACAGAUGAAACCUUGGUGCUGCAAGACGCCCAGGAAGAAGAACGUGAAGAGCUGGAGAACAAUACAUUGGCAACUGGUGAAGAUUCUGGUAUGCCCGGGCUGCCUGGUUUGAAAUUACCUUCGAAAAAAACUAUUGGAGCUGAGAAAGCUGCUGAAAAUAUUUUAGAAUGUUUAGAAGUGAGUAAAAAAUUUGAACAGGAAGAGAGCCAGAACGCAGUUCCUCCAUUGAUGUAUGCCUAUGAAGCAACCAAUACGGACGAUUUUGUACUGGCGGUCUUAACGCGCAUUCGAGCAAGCGAUUUGGAAGAAGCACUCUUACUUUUGCCAUUUUCCGCCGUGUGUGAUCUGUUGGAGCGCAUUCCAAAGCUCACACAAACGCGACAAGAUGCAACGGAAACUAUUUGCAAAGUUGUGCUAUUCCUGUUUCGUAUCCAUCAAAAGCCUAUUGUCAACCAUCAAAUUUUGUUACCAGUGAUACAGGAAAUCAUUGCGACACUCCAAGGUGCUAUUGUCGAACAGCGAGACAUGAUCGGGGUGAACUUCCACGGUAUGCAGAUGCUACAACGUGAACUGGAAGCGAGUCAAGACAUAACUUUGUUCCGAGAUGCUACCAAGAACAGAAAAAUGAAGGAUCAAAAACGUAGAAGGAAAGAACUAACCAAGCGAACCUUCGUACAAAUUAGUACGUAAGUGCUACACAAUACAGGUAACAAUUGUAA